AUGGUGAAAAAGGGGAAGGAUAAGAGCAGCACGCCAGCUUCCGGGGGUUCUUCCUCCAAGGCCUCUGGCAAAAAGGCUGCCCCACCCGAGGAUGACCUGCUCAUCUUCACCACUGACAAGAAGAAGAAGAAGGACCCUGUGAACAAGGAUGAGGGCCCUCCAGAGCCACCGAAACCCACUGUCAAACAGAUCAUCGGUGGCCAGUCAUGGACCGGAAAGCUUCCAGUGAACCUCCUGUCGGAGCACUGCCAGAAGAUGAAAUGGCAGAGACCCGACUACAUCCAGCGCAAGGGCAAAGAGGGGUUUUCCUUCAUGGUUGUCCUGAGUGCCAAAAACUCAAAAACCCAAGAGGUGACCAAACUGGAGCCUUUCAAACUUCCGCCCACCCAUGUCCACAUGGCAUACAAGGAGACUUCGCUCGAGGCCAGGCAUUUUGCUGCUACAUAUGGGCUUUUUAGGGUCUGCAGUAUGAAGAACAUGUCCAUGAUUCUUCCCCCAGACUACAGGUCUAUAUGGAGAGAAUUCGAAGCCCUGAAGAAACAGGAUGUCAAGGAGGGCAAGGCCUGGAUGUACGAAGCCGACCCGUUCAAGGCGCUCGAAGAGAGAGAAGCUGCAAAGGCCGCGGCUGAGAAGAAGCGGAAGGAGCAGCAGGCUGCCAAAGAGAAGGCCGCCAGUCUGCCGGGGGCUGCUGGUCUGGUGCUCCGGGGCAAUGCCGCAGCAUCCGGUGGUGGCGGAUACAACCCAAUGAAAGGCUGGACCACCGUUCCGAAGAUGGAAAUGGGUGCCAAGACAAGACAACACUUGGAGAACCUCCUGCGACGCGAUACGAUAUGGAACCCGCACGGUAUUGUCAUGAGACCAGAGGAGAAGGCCUCCAUUGUGAAAGAGUUCCGGAACCUGGGUUUCCGUGCUAGUCAUGUUGAAGAAGCCGUGGAGGAGUGCAAAGACCGCGAGGAGACACUGGAGUGGUUGCUAAUCCACGUGCCGGAGGACGACCUACCGAAAUGGGCCUUACCAGAGAGCUACUCAGCCGGUGUCAGUGUUGGAGCGACGGAUCUGCGGAGAGAAGGAGCCGUAAAACGUCUGGCACAGUCUGGCUACUCGAUUGAACUCUGCCGAAAAGUCUACGAUGACAACAGCGGGGAUGAAGGCAAGGCAGCGGAGGCCUUACAGCAGAUCCUUCUAAACAGCGGGUCAGAGGCUGAGAACAGCGGCCUUGCAGGAGGACCGGCAACGACUGAAGACCGCGACCAGCUAUGGGAGGAGGAGCUGGCGAGCCUGGAGGCGCUGUACAGCGAACAGUAUGCCCGCCUAGGAACUGAUGUCUGUCAGCUGAAGUUGACCGAUGUUACCAACGGGCCCAAGCAGAACGUCGAGGCCUGUAUUCAUUUCCGCAAAUCACCCCACUAUCCCUCACAUUUGAUCCUGUCCGUGAUUGCGGACUUGCCAUCCUAUAUCAAGCUCAGCAUUAUCAAGAAAGCCUUGGCCUACAUGGUGGAGUCUCUGCAGGAAGAAGAGAUGAAGAUGUUCUACGUCAUUACCUGGGUACAGGAGCAUAUAAACGACAUCAUCGAACGCCCGGGAACUCUUCGUGAGAUUGCAGCUGUCUCAUCCACAGCUUCGGAGGCGAAAAAUCUCUCUACGAGGAAAUCGAACAAGAAGUCGCCAAGACGGCCCAACCCUAUAACAUGGACCCCUGAAAGCAGCUCUAUAGGGCGGUGGAUGGAGAGGCAGAAGACACAAGCGUUCCAGAAGAUGCUUGCUCAGCGUCAGAAGCUGCCUGCCUGGCAGGUCAGAGAGAGUGUGGUCAAGACGGUAACCGAGAACCAAAUCACCAUCAUCUCUGGAGAAACCGGUUCCGGAAAGUCGACUCAGUCAGUACAGUACAUCUUGGACGAUCUUUAUGACCGGGGAUAUGCCAAGUGUGCCAAUAUUAUUGUCACUCAACCUCGCAGGAUCUCUGCUCUGGGACUGGCGGACCGAGUCAGCGAAGAGCGCUGCACGACAGUCGGACAAGAAGUUGGGUACUCCAUCCGAGGAGAGAACAGGACGAGCAGGGACACGAAAAUUACUUUCGUCACUACCGGUGUACUCCUCAGACGACUGCAGACCUCUGGCGGGCGUGUUGACGACGUGGUGUCGUCUCUGGCAGACGUCAGCCAUGUCGUAAUUGACGAGGUCCACGAGCGAAGUCUCGACACGGACUUCCUGCUUAGCAUCAUCCGGGACGUGCUGUCUAGACGCAAAGAUCUCAAGCUUAUUCUCAUGAGUGCAACCCUGGAUUCUGCAACGUUUGGUGAUUACUUCAAAGCCGAUGGUCUGCGAGUGGGAUUUGUUGAAAUUGCUGGUCGUACGUUUCCGGUGCAGGACUUUUACCUCGACGACAUCAUCCAACAGACGGGGUUCACAGGACAGCAUGAUUACGACAGCAGAGCUCUUGACCGGAGUCUAGACGACAAGCAGCGGGUCUCCAAGGUUAUCCAGAAUCUCGGUAUGCGGAUCAACUACAACCUGCUCCUCGAGACCGCCAAGGCCAUCGACGCCGAGUUAUCGCAGACACAAAAAUCUGGCGGCAUCCUCAUCUUCUUACCUGGUGUCGCUGAGAUCAAUCAGACCUGCAGGAUGCUCGGUUCGGUGUCUUCAUUGUACGUGCUUCCGCUGCACGCAUCCCUGGAGACGAAAGAGCAGAGGAGGGUAUUCGCUGCACCGCCUUCCGGCAAGAGGAAGGUUGUCGUCGCGACCAACGUGGCUGAGACAUCUAUCACGAUUGACGACAUCGUCGCGGUCAUUGACAGCGGUCGGGUCAAGGAAACCAGCUUUGAUCCUCAGAACAACAUGCGAAAGCUGGAGGAGGCGUGGGCAUCUCGUGCGGCUUGCAAGCAGCGCCGCGGCAGAGCUGGACGUGUUCAGGCAGGCAAAUGCUACAAGCUGUACACACGUAACCUGGAGGAGCAAACCAUGCAGGAGCGGCCCGACCCAGAGAUCAGGCGUGUACCUCUGGAACAAUUAUGCCUUUCGGUCAGGGCCAUGGGCAACCAGGAUGUCGGCUUUUUUCUGUCCCGAACCCCAACACCUCCCGCGGCACUGGCGGUGGAGGGUGCCAUCAAGAUGCUCCGCCGGAUGGGCGCUCUCGACGGUGACGAACUCACCGCCCUCGGCCAGCAGCUCGCCAUGAUCCCGGCUGAUUUGCGGUGUGGAAAGUUAAUGGUUUACGGCGCCAUCUUUGGCUGCCUCGACGACUGUGUGACCAUCGCGGCCAUAUUGAGCACCAAGAGUCCCUUCCUGUCGCCGCCUGACAAGAGAGAUCUCGCGAAGCAAGCCAAGAUGAGCUUUGCCCAGGGAGAUGGUGACCUGCUGACAGACCUCCGGGCCUUCCAGCAAUGGGACGAACUAAUGCAGGACCGUAUACCUCAGCGGCAGGUCCGGAAUUUCUGCGACGAGAGCUUUCUCUCCUACAACACCCUCUCAGACAUCGCCUCGACAAGGACCCAGUACUACUCAGCCUUGAAGGAGAUUGGACUCAUACGGUCCGCUUCCUCCUCGAACAGUGGACAAAAACGCCCCUCACCAUCCAUGCCUCUGCUACGCGCCCUCACCGCUUCGGCCUUCAGCCCACAGAUUGCACGCAUUCAGUUUCCAGACAAGAAAUUUAUGUCAUCGGUAUCAGGAGCGGUGGAACUCGAUCCGGAAGCCAAGACGAUCAAGUAUUUCACGCACGAGAACGGGCGGGUAUUUGUGCACCCGAGCAGUACUCUAUUUGACAAUCAGGGUUUCUCUGGAAACGCGGCUUUUGUGUCAUACUUCACGUUGAUGUCUACGUCCAAGAUAUUUAUGAGGGACCUGACCCCAUUCAAUGCGUACACACUGCUACUGUUCUCAGGCGCUAUCGAGCUAGACACGCUCGGCAGGGGCCUGGUUGUCGAUGGCUGGCUCAGGUUGCGCGGUUGGGCGCGUAUUGGCGUCCUCAUCUCGAGGCUUCGCGGCAUGGUCGACGACAUCAUCGCAAGAAAGGUCGAAAACCCCGAGAUGGACCUUGGAAACAACGACGUGAUUAGAGCGGUGGUGAAGUUGAUAGAGCUAGACGGCCUGGAUGCAUAG